AUGUCGUGGAUAGGACUAAAGAAGGCCAUCAACCGUGCUGGGGCACAAGUCAUGCACAAGACCGGCUUGCUCGAACAGACGCACGAUAAAGAGUACGAGUUCGAAGAGAAGCGAUACCGUGCCAUGGAGGCUGCGUCACAAAAGCUUCAUAAGGAGCUCAGGCACUACUUGGAGACCCUUCGCACCCUCACCAGGUCGCAAGUCAGCGUGGCAGACGCUUUGGCUCUGUUCUACGGAAACCCCGACGACAUUCUUCAAAGGUUGCAAGAAAUGAACAGCGACAACAUCACCACCACACACGAAUUGAACAACGGUGUCGAGGAGUUGGAGCCGGUCUACAACCAGACGGUGCUCAACCCAUUGGCGCGGUUCAACUCGUACUUUGUUGACGUCAACGAUGUCAUCAAGAAGCGUGGAAGAAAGAUGUUGGACUACGAUGCACUCCGGGCAAAAAAGCACAAGAUUGACAGGGCAAAGAGCUCUGGCGAACAGGAGUCGCCAGACGAAGAUGAGGCUGCCAGCGACCUCACCCGCGAGGCCGACUUGAAUGCCCUGGCGCUUGCGUACCAUGUCAUCAACGACCAGCUCAAGGAGGACUUGCCCAAACUCAUCAAUCUCCGGACCCCGUUCUUGGACCCCUCGUUCGAGGCGUUUGUCAAGAUUCAGCUCCGGUUCUUCAAUGACAACUACCACCACUUGGGCAAGCUUCAGCUGAAAUUGGACGCCCAGACCAAACAGGACUACAUGACGGGAGAAUUGGAGAACCGCAUUGACCGGGUGUUGGCCAAAAUAAAGGCCUUGAACAUUGCCGGCUAG